CUUCUUUCUUUAUUCCAAUACAAAUCUGCACUACAAAACGAUGGGUUUGACGAUUUCGUCGCUGCUGACUCGACUGUGGUCGACUGCCGAGAUGCGCAUCCUGAUGGUUGGCCUCGACGCCGCUGGAAAGACGACCAUUCUGUACAAGCUCAAGCUCGGCGAGGUCGUCACGACCAUCCCCACCAUUGGCUUCAAUGUCGAGUCUGUCGAGUACAAGAAUGUCAACUUUAACGUAUGGGACGUUGGUGGCCAGGAUAAGAUUCGUCCCCUGUGGCGACAUUACUUCCAAAACACUCAGGGUCUUAUUUUCGUGGUCGACAGCAAUGAUCGCGAGCGUAUUACUGAGGCUGCAGCCGAACUGCAAAAGAUGCUUGAUGAGCCCGAACUUCAGAAUGCCGUUGUGCUCGUGUUUGCCAACAAGCAAGAUUUGCCCAAUGCAAUGACUACUUCUAUGGUUACGGAAAAGCUUGGUCUGGACAAGCUCACUUGCAAGUGGUCUGUUCGUGCGGCUUGCGCCCAGAGCGGCGAGGGCUUGUACGAGGGCCUUGAUUGGCUUUCUGCGCAGCUUGCCUCUCGCUAGGCCAAUAAUUAGCCAAUCGCACUGUCGUUUAGAGUCAAGCAAAAAAAACAAAAAAAAAAAAAACAAAAAAAAACAUCUAUUCAAUUCGAUGCCAUCAACAUUGAUAUGUCUCGUUAUGUUCAUGUAUUUAGUAGGA